AUGUCUGAUGUCAAGAAGGAGAUAUGCAAAGUACUCGGUUUAGAUGAUGAGAUAGUCGCUGAUUUUAUCAUCAACAUAAAUAAGAACUGUACCACGAAGAAUGAGUUUAAGAAAAAACUGUUGGAGAUGGAUCAGGAUUUGAGUGCCGCUGUUGUGUCCGACAUUUAUGAUGUGGUGAACAAGACUGCUGGAAGCACAGCAGCCACAAGGGUUAAGACUCUUCUUGCUGAGCAGCUUGAUGUUCACGAUGAUGUUGUCACCAAUUUCAUUAUGGACAUUUGCAGUAAGAGCGAAACGUUGCUCAAAUUCCGGGCAAAAUUGAAAGAAAUGGAGGCUGGUGUAUCGGAUAGUCUAGCUCUUCGUAUUUUCAACAUUGUUCAUUCCUCAAAUGUGGCUGUCAAAACGGAAAUCGAGGAUACAAAGUCUGCACUUUCCUUACCCAACACUACUGUUUCUUGGGAAGGAAUCGAAGAAAAAGCUUCCAACAAAUCAAGAUUUAGGAAGAAUGAAACGGUUGAUCCAGAACCUGUGCUUGAUAAAGUGUAUCCUGGAAAGGUACAGAACGUCACAAAAUUCGGAUGUUUUGUGAGAAUUUUUGGGGUAAGAAAUACUAAUGUCGACGGUCUUGUGCAUGUAUCGGAACUUAGUUCAUCGCAUGUUGAUAAGCCAGAAGACGUGGUACACAGAAACCAAGAUGUGUUCGUGAAAGUUAUAAAGAUACAGAAUAAUGGCAAAAUAUCACUUGCUAUGAAAGGCAUUGAUCAGAGUACUGGAAUGGAAGCGGCAACUCGGGGAAGAACCAAAGAAAAGGUGAUUCCUAAGCGAAAAUUAACUUCACCAGAACGAUGGGAAAUAAGACAACUUAUCUCAAGUGGUGCCGCUUCAAUCGAAGACUAUCCUGAGCUAAAAGAUGACUAUAAUAUAAGUCAACCUACGAACUCUGAAGCAGAUGGCACCAACGAACAAAAAGAAGAAGAAGAACUUGAAGUUGAGAUAAAUGUCGAUGAUGAGCCCAAAUUUCUAAAAGGACAAGUUAAACCAGACAGAAAAUACGAAUUACCAUCUAUAACUAAGGUUCCAAAGGGAUCGUUGAAUAGAUCAGCCAUGGUAGGUUCAUACACGAUGAAAGAACAUAGAGAAGAGAAGCUUAAACGGAAGAAAGAGGUAAAAAAACAGCUUAACAAAAGUAAACAAUUGGCUGAUCCCAGUAGUAGUAAAGUUCUGUCUAAUUCAGAGUUUGAUGCAAGGCAAUUAGUUGCUACAGCUUGGGAAAGGAGCAGAAUGAAAGAGCGUGUAUCCUACGGAAAAAGGACAUCUCUUCCAAUCAAAGAACAGAGGGAAAGAUUACCAGUGUAUCGAAUGCGUCAACAACUUAUCGACGCAGUUAUUAAGAAUCAGUUCUUAGUUAUUGUAGGGGAAACAGGCUCAGGUAAAACAACUCAAUUAACUCAGUAUCUGGAUGAAGAAGGCCUGAGUAACAAGGGAAUGAUUGGAUGUACCCAACCUCGGAGAGUUGCGGCAGUUUCUGUGGCCAAAAGAGUUGCCGAAGAAAUGGGAUGUAACGUCGGUGAAGAAGUCGGUUACACAAUUAGAUUUGAAGACGAGACCUCAUCAAGAACCAGAAUCAAAUACUUAACCGAUGGUAUGAUGCAAAGAGAAGCGUUACUGGAUCCCUUGAUGUCCCGUUACUCUGUUAUUCUUCUUGACGAAGCUCAUGAAAGAACAGUAGCUACUGAUGUUCUUUUCGCGCUAUUGAAGAAAGCGGCCUUGCAAAGACCUGAUUUAAAGGUCAUUAUUACUUCUGCCACCUUAGAUUCCGAUAAAUUUUCGAAAUACUUCAUGAACUGCCCGGUAAUCGAAAUCCCAGGGAAAACUUUCCCCGUAGAAGUAUUAUACUCAAGCAAACCUCAAAUGGACUACAUAGAAAGUGCUCUUGACACAACUAUGGAUAUACAUAUCAACGAGCCCCAGGGUGAUGUUUUGGUCUUUCUAACUGGUCAAGAAGAAAUUGACACUUGUUGUGAGAUAUUGUACGAAAGAGUGAAAGCUUUGGACGGCACAAUUCCAGAACUUAUUAUUUUACCAGUUUAUUCGGCACUUCCUAGUGAAAUUCAAUCAAGAAUUUUCGAGCCUACUCCGAAGGGCUCUAGGAAAGUGAUAUUUGCCACGAAUAUUGCUGAAACAUCCAUCACCAUUGAUGGGGUUUACUAUGUCAUCGAUCCAGGCUUUUCUAAAAUAAAUACGUACAAUCCACGAGUUGGUAUGGAACAACUUCUCGUGUCUCCAAUUUCGCAAGCCCAAGCCAAUCAGAGAAAGGGAAGAGCAGGUAGAACAGGCCCUGGCAAAUGUUUUAGGCUUUAUACCGAAUCUGCUUUUAAAAAUGAAAUGCUUCCUAAUACUGUCCCAGAAAUUCAAAGGCAGAAUUUAGAGCAUACAAUAUUGAUGCUUAAAGCCAUGGGUAUCAAUGAUCUUUUGAACUUCGAGUUCAUGGAUCCACCUCCCAAGUCCUUCAUGGUAUCUGCGCUCGAAGAACUUUUCAAUUUGCAAGCCUUAGACGAAGAAGGGUUUUUAACAACAUUGGGGAAAAGAAUGUCGCAGUUUCCAAUGGAACCUGGGCUCUCCAAAACAUUGCUUGCAUCUGUCACCAAUAAGUGCUCUGAUGAAAUGUUGACAAUAGUGGCCAUGCUUUCCAUUCAGAACGUAUUUUAUAGACCUAAAGAUAAACAACAGGAGGCAGAUAACAGAAAGGCAAGGUUCCACCAUCCAUAUGGCGACCAUCUAACUCUUUUAAACGUAUUCAAUAGAUGGCGGGAGAGCAAUUAUUCUAAAUCCUUCUGCACCACAAAUUUUCUUCAUGAACGUCAUUUGAAGCGUGCGCUAGAUGUGAGACAGCAGUUGUUCAAUAUAUUCAAGAAGAUGAAUCUACCAAUCGUAAGUUGCCACGGUGAUGUUGAUUGUAUAAGAAAGACAUUGGUUUCUGGUUUCUUUAGAAAUGCAGCAAAGCGAGAGUCCCAAGCAGGUUAUAAAACACUCACAGAUGGAACACAAGUGGCUAUUAGUCCAGGUAGUUCGUUAUUUGGUAAAGAAUAUGAUUACGUGUUAUAUCACAGCAUUGUUCUAACAUCAAGGGAAUAUAUGAUGCAAGUGACGGCCAUAGAAUCUAAAUGGCUACUCGAAAGUGCCCCUCACUUCUACAAAGUUGCUGAUCCUAAUGGUAGCAGUAGAAAGAAAGCUAAAAUUGUUCCAUUAAAUGACAGAUUUGCCCAGAGUAAAGAUUCCUGGAGAUUAAGUUCAAUACGAGCCAAUAGAGAUAAAAAGUUGGGUGGAAAACGGUGA